AUGAAACUCAAAAGUCUACUCAGAUCAGUUUUCAAGUACCGAAAAACAAAUUUGAGUUUGCUUCUUUUUUUCACCUACUCUAUUAUUGCGUUACUCUACAUUUUUGACCAUGAACAUUAUAAGCUCAAUUUGCCAAAAAAGGGUGAAUAUCCUCAACUUAAUGAUUUGUUAGAAACUGCCUGGACAGAUUUACAGAUUAUUACGGCUUCUUUUCAUCCUUAUACGUCUAAAGAGAAUGAUAAAGUUCAUGAUUACUUGCUGAGUAGAGUUCUGGAAAUCACAAGCAAUGUCUCUUUUGCAAGUGUCUCGGACGAUAAUGAAAAUAAGAGAUCCAUACUAUUCCAACAGCAAGAUCCUUUCAAUACGUCCUCUGAUGUUACUAGAGUGACAUAUUUCGAAUCCUCUAAUAUCCUAGUUAAACUUGAAGGUCAAAACCCUGACCAAGAAGGGCUGCUUCUUUCGGCUCAUUUUGACUCAGUUCCUACAAGUCAUGGGGCUACCGAUGAUGGAAUUGGUGUGGUGUCUUUAUUGGCCAAUCUCAAGUAUCAUAUAAACCACAGGCCGAACAGAACUUUAAUCUUCAACUUUAAUAAUAAUGAAGAGUUUGGUCUUUUGGGAGCGUCAACUUAUUUUCAUCACCCAUGGUCUAGUUUAACCAAGUAUGUGAUAAACUUAGAAGGAACUGGCGCCGGUGGUAAAGCAGUGCUAUUUAGAACUUCUGAUACCUCAACUGCAAAGAUAUACCAGCUAUCUGUGAAAGAAAACCCUUUUGGUAACUCCAUUUAUCAACAAGGUUUUUAUAGUGGUUAUGUCAGAAGUGAAACUGAUUACAAGGUUUAUGAAGAAAAUGGCAUGAGGGGCUGGGAUAUUGCGUUUUACAAACCCAGAAAUAUUUAUCAUACUAUGAAAGAUUCAAUACAAUAUACCACCAAAGCAUCUUUAUGGCAUAUGCUACAUACCUCCUUGCAAUUAAGCUCGUAUGUGGUUUCCAAUUCAUUAGAUACGUUGGAUCAAACACCAGCUUGUUAUUUUGAUUUUAUCGGUUUGAAAUUUUUUGUUAUGAGUGCGAAGACCCUCUUUUACUGGAAUUGUGUAUUUCUAUUGGUUUCUUCUAUUAUGGCCAUUGGGUUGUACCUAAUUGCUCGUGAUAGGAUGACUUGGAAAUCAUACUCCCUGCUAUUGUGGCUACGCUUUCCUCUUUCAUUGGCCACAGGUGUUGUGGUGCAGAAGUUUUUCUUUGAUGGUAUAACACAUUACAACCAUUUGACGUUCUCCAGGAACUACUUUUGGCCAGUGUCUGCUUUUUUCACUCAAGUUCUUGUAAUAAAUUACAUUUUUAUCAAGUGUUCCAAUCGUUUUUUUCCUUCUAGUGACAUUAAAGACUUGUCAAUUAUUGAACUAUUCAUUAUGUUAUGGACCGUUUUACUGUUUACCUCGAAGCUGUUGUAUAGUUCUGACUACAAAUAUACUGGAGUAUAUCCCUUCUCAAUCUUUUUUCUGUUGAUCACUACAGCUGCUAUAUUGAGGCUGCUUGGACUAGCGCUGAGAACCAAACCGAGAAAGGAUUAUGAUAGAGAAUCUAUGAAUCACCACGCCAAUGAUAGUUCACAUUCCCGGAUAAAUAUUGAAGAAGAAAACCACGAAAACCACGAAAACCUCGAACAGUCACAAAAUCAGUCUUUAUUGUCGCAAGACGAACAUACAAGUACCCAAGAAGAUACCUUACCAACUACUUUGGACGAUUCUCCACACCAUAUUAAUGAUGAUCAAGAUAUAGACGCACUAUCACCACAACAUGAUGAAAGGGCACCUUUAUUGAAGGGGUUCGGUCAUGUAGAAGAAGGUCUGGGUAGUGUGGAAAGUACCUCAAAGGCGAAGUAUAUUGACUAUGUAUGGAUCAUCCAAUUUUUAGUAAUCGUACCGAUAUCAUCAUUUAUAUUGUUUAACAGUGUGGAUGCAGUCAUGGACGCACUGAAUCAAACUGUCCAAGAAGGAACAAAAGCUACAUUUGAUAUAAUCAGGUUUGGAAUGGUAGGUGGUAUUUUGAUUGCACUACCAAUUUUACCGUUCUUCUAUAAAGUCAACUUUAUGACUAUAUCAUUAACUGUGUUGCUUCUCCUGAUCUCUGUGUCUAAAACACUUCUAGAACCCCCUUUCACGAAUAAAAAUCCAUUAAAAGUAAGAUUUUCUCAGAGUAUUGAUUUGUCCCAUGGUGAUGCUGCUAGUGUCCAUGUCUUUGGAAGAGAAGGAAAGCUUUUGAAACCAAUGUUGCAAGACUUGCCUAGUGUAAAAUACUCAUCUACACUUAUCAACUGUACGUCUGUGACCAAUGGAAUGGAACUUUGUACAUAUGAUGGAAUGCAACCAAAUUUGUUGAGCACAGAUGAAAAAACAAACAUCAGCGAUAUGGUGAAAGUUCAUGUUUUACGUGAUAAUCGAAAUUCGACCGAGAGAUCUCCCUACGAACCAAUAAUUGCAGAAUUGCUUUUGGAGGUUAAAGAGAACAGGGCAUGUACUUUAUCAUUUAAUGAUAAAUCUCAGGCGAAAUCACCUGUCAGAGAAAUUACGGUUUAUCAAGAGAAAAAAUUUCCUGCGGAGCCUGCUAAUGUCACGAAAACAAUCAAAUCAAGUACUGGCAUUAAUGAACUGCAACUGCAUAAACUUGACUUUGAUCAGGACGCAUAUCAUAUUGCAGUCCAGUGGUUUCCGAAGAUUUUGACAGAUGGAGAUUUAGACGAUGACAAUUUGAGUUUAAAAGACGAAUUAUCUGUUUCAAUUAGCUGUUACUGGGGAGAUUAUGAUUCAGAAUCAGUUGUGAAUGGUACUGCCGUUAGAAAAAUCCCAGCAUUUGAUGAACUGUUAAAUUAUGCACCGCCAAGUUUUUCCUUUGCUAAUGAACAGAAAGGAUUAGUUAUUGUUAAGGAUGUUAUAAUUUUAUAG